UACCUUGGAAAUUCAAGCCAAUAGAAAAGAUGUUUCUUGGGAAUGGAACAUGGCGCUCUUGUAGCCGUGAGCCAAGCGGCUGUAGACUGGAGUAAAUGUGAAUGGUCGUUGUCAGGGGACAGCUGCGCCUGUGUCCGGCACUUGGUGGGACUGGACGCUUCUUCCAAUGGCAAAGAUGACAAGUGACGGCGGAAAGAAGCAGUUUUGGAAGCGGAAUGUUUCCAAAGUUCCAGGCAGUAUACAACAUGUUUAUGGAGCUCAGCAUCCUCCAAUAGAUCCUCUGUUGCAUUCAAAUAUACUCAAAGCAAAUUCAAAGCCUCUUUCAGUGUCGAUGAGGACAAAGAAGGUUACGACUUUCCAAGAGUUUGAGAGUAUAACAAGUGAUGCUUGGGAUGUUGGGGAUGAUGACGAUGACCUCUUGGCGAUGGCUGCUCAAAAUCUGAAUACUGACGUUGUCAUGGAAACAGCAAAUAAAGUAAUUCAAAUACACAGCAAAUUACAGGAACAGAAACAGCAGGACAAACCAACGGAGACAAAUCCAGAGCAAUUGAACGAUUUGGAACAAGCAGACAGCAAAAGGGAAAAUGUGAAGUCUAAUUCUGGCUUGGAGCUUGAUACGUCAACAGGUUUAAAUUAUCUUGAGAAGACCUCAUCACAAAGGCAGUUGUCUGUCCCUUCUCGAUCACCAACUCUUUCGGCAGACCAGAAUCCCUCAGAUGGCUCACUAAUGACUGAAAGGGAAAUAACUCGAUUAGAAAAAUUCAAGCAGCUGUUGGCAGGCUCAAAUCCUGAUUUGGAAGAGUUGAGAAAACUCAGCUGGUCUGGAAUCCCAAGGCAGGUCCGACCAAUAACAUGGAAGCUACUUUCAGGCUACUUGCCUGCAAAUGUGGAGAGAAGAGAAAGUACACUACAAAGGAAGCGGGCCGAAUAUUUUGCUUUUGUUGAACAGUAUUACGAUUCCAGAAAUGAUGAGCAUCAUCAAGACACAUACAGACAGAUUGCCAUUGAUAUUCCCCGCAUGACACCUGAGAGCUUAAUAAUGCAACCAAAAGUACAAGAGAUUCACAUUGAUAUUCCAAGAACUAAUCCUCUUAUUCCUCUCUUUCAACAAGCUUCUGUGCAAAAGAUCUUUGAGCGUAUUCUUUUCAUCUGGGCGAUUCGACAUCCAGCUAGUGGCUAUGUCCAAGGGAUAAAUGACCUUGUGACUCCUUUCUUUGUAGUCUUCGUUUUUGAAUAUAUUGAAGGAGAGGUGGAAAAUUUUGACGUUUCCAGUUUGCCUGAUGAAGUGUUGCAGAAUAUUGAAGCUGAUAGUUUCUGGUGCAUGAGCAAAUUACUUGAUGGUAUUCAGGACAACUACACAUUUGCACAGCCAGGGAUUCAGAAGAAAGUGAAAGCUUUACAGGAGCUUGUAAGUCGGAUCGAUGAACAAGUACAUAAACACCUACAACAGGCAGAAGUUGAAUACCUGCAGUUUGCUUUUCGAUGGAUGAAUAAUUUAUUGAUGAGAGAACUCCCGCUGCGGUGUACCAUCCGGCUAUGGGACACCUAUCAGUCCGAACCGGAAGGAUUCUCUCACUUCCACCUGUACGUUUGUGCUGCCUUUCUUGUCCGGUGGAGAAAAGAACUAUUGGAAGAGAAAGACUUUCAGGGACUUAUGAUCCUUCUGCAGAAUUUACCCACAAUGUACUGGGGCAACGAGGAGAUCAGCAUUCUUCUGGCAGAAGCUUACAGACUGAAAUAUGCAUUUGCAGAUGCACCAAAUCACUACAAACGAUAAAACCAAAUGCAAAGAGAGAAGUGUAAAUGUGAAAGCUCUAGUUUUUCAUCUAUAGUCUCAGAUUUUGCUCAUUUAUUGUAAAGUAACCCCAUUAACUUGGCAUGUUGUACCCAUUGCAGAAGGUGAAAUCUUUUAUCAUUUGGAAACAAAAAGCAUAAAUUAGUAUAAUGUAUAUUUGUCACAAUAAUUACACCAAAUUGCAGGCAGAGCUUUAAGCAAAUUGCCUAUGUACAUAUGGGGAAAAUGAUAGUGAAGGGAUGGAAUAUGUUCCUUUGCUUAAUAAUAGGUUAUUUUCAGUAUAAUGGUAAUGAGGCUUUCCAGGUUUUCCUAUGAGGAUUGGUUUUGUUUUUAUCUGUCUGCUUAAUUUUCAGCCUCUGAACUCCGCAACACUGUUCAUUCGAGAUUCUGCCAGAAUGCAGACUGUAGAAUGUAUGACUGUGCCACACAAAAUAUACAGUUGGAAAAAUUCUGGGUUACUUUAUGAAUUUUGGGGAAGGACUUCCAUUUCAGAAUUAAUAACAUUCACAUAUUUAGCAUAACUGAAUUCAAAUAAGUUGAUUCAACUAUGAUUACAAGAUCACUGUUGACUUAUUGUAACUGUUUACAGACGUUGAAAUAGUGCCUGACAUGAAAUGUACCUAUGAUUUCUCUAUUACUAAAUACAUGUAAAUCCUGUAAUGGAAUAUUGUAUUAUGAUCUUAUAAACCUUUAACAUGGAGAUUGAUUUAAGAUUGAAAAUUAAUAGUGUUUCAAAUAGUUUAUUUUUUCUAUCUGUAAUGUUUCCCCCUUAAUCUACCAUUCACUAACAUCCCAAAGACUCCAUGAUAACACUUAAUGCCUGUGACUGUCACAUAAUUGUAAUUAUUAAAAGUAAUUCAUAACCUUUGUCAUACCAUUUUCUUGUUAUUUUUGUUUUUUCCAUUCCUUCCCCAAAGUCCAUUUCAAAUAGAGCUGUGUGAAGGUGGUGCCCACUUUUAAUAAACUCUUGGCUGUAGGAAUGGAAUUUUUCCGAUCCAAUUAAAAAUGUGCAGUUCAGAGCCUAUUUAUGUACAUGUUAUUUACAUUAUUGUAAAUAGAAAUGUGAUCUGUAACUAAAAUAAACAAAGGAUAAAAAACAGUUCUGUUUAAAAACAUUGGCUUCACCUAAUAAAUAAGUUGAUUUGCUGUGAACAAUAUCUGCUGUAAAAAGUUUGUCCAUUAACUUUACAUCCUGAAACUUCAUUAGCUGAUUCAAAAGCUUAUUUUCCUCACUGUUUUCAACAUAUUACCAUUGUAAAAAUGUCUAUGAAUUACUGAAUUAUUUAAAAUUCUUUUAUUGAAUUGCAGCAAUUUUGUUCUAUUUUCAAUCAUUAAAGUGUUUCUGAUUUCCCUCGUGCUUUUUAAACAUCUCCACAACCACCAUCGGUGGCUGUUGUUUCAAUUAAAGGGUUGGUGAUGUUCAGCUGAAACAUGUUCUAUAUAAAAGAGAAAGUGAUAAACGGAUGUGAAAGUGUACUUGUGUUAGUGAGGCAGAAUGACUAUUUGGUAAUUAUAGUUGAGCCGAUAUCUUGUUAAUUUUAUUUUUAAAAAGCAAUCAAGCCAAUAGCUUUAUUUGACUGAUCUUUUUAAAAAAGUGGUUGAAGCCAUUUUUCAGCCAAACCCUCCAACCUGAUGCCAUGAAUAUCCAGUGAACAAAAAUUCCCCCCUCCUCUAUUCCCCACUCUGACCUUUUACUUCUCAUCUAUUACUUACCCUUGUGUCCCCUCUCCCUUCUCUUUCUCCUAUUGUCCACUCUCCCCUCCUAUCAGAUUCUUUCUUCUCCAUCCCUUGACCUUUCCCACCCACCUGGCUUCUCCUAUCACCUUCCUGCUAACCUCUUUUCCUUUCCCCCCACCUUCUACUUCAGGCAUCUCACCCAUUCCCUCUCAGUCCUGAGGAAGGGUCUUGACACAAAACGUCAACUGUUUACUAUUUUCCAUAGAUGCUGCCUGAGCUGCUGAGUUCUGUCAGCAUUUCGUGUGUGUUGCUCCCUUUGUAUCUGCUACUUUUAGAGAAUGCCUUACAGAAGUUAAUAUAUGUUGAAGGCAAUCAUGAAUGCAUUUAAAUAAUGUUUGGAAGAUAAUGUUUUUCAGUUUGUGAAAUAAUAAACCGUCCAGCUUCUCUACAUUGCUGGGCAAGCAGAAAGUAAUUGAAGGCAAAUUCUACUAUAUUUUUAUCUGAAUUUUAAAAAGUUUUAUUUUAAACAAAGGAAAUAUUUAAACUGUUUCUUGAAAUAUUGUGUUAAGAUUUACUUCUGUUGCCUUGGGGUGGAAAAUAACUAAUAAAGAUUUCCGAUCUA